UUUUAUCCGCAAAUGGGGAAUAAAAAAGGUGAAAGCUAACGUACGAAACCAGAGGGCAGCACGGAACAUGUUCACGCGACUACCCUUGAGCGAUCCCCCAACUCAUCUCUGUUAUUGUAAAUAAAACUUAGGUUAGUUCGUGGACAGUUCUCUAGGUUAUGUUGUGAAAGAGUGGAGCAUCUCAUGUCUGUCGAUUUGACAGAUGGUUAAUAAUGACGAUUCAUAACUUGUAUAUAUUUUCAAAAAGUGGUGUAUUACUGUACUAUGCAGAGUGGAACAGAUUGAAUAAAUCUGGAAUUACGAAGGAGGAGGAAGCAAAGCUAAUGUAUGGCAUGCUAUUCUCCAUCAAAUCGUUUGUAAGUAAAAUAUCCCCGUUGGAUUCCAAAGAAGGCUUUCUGUACUAUAAGACGAGCAAGUAUACACUUCAUUAUUUGGAAACACCAUCUGGAUUAAAAUUUGUUCUCAAUACGGACAAUGUAGCGCAAAAUGUAAGGAAUCUGCUGCAACAAUUGUACAGUCAGGUAUAUUUAGAGUAUGUUGUUAAAAAUCCACUCUGUCAAUUAAAUGAGCCAAUACAGAGUGAAUUAUUUAAACUGAAAGUCGACGAAUUAAUGAAGAAUUCUCCAAUUUUUCUCAACCGAUCGUUAUAAUUCUGUGUAAAUAAUUAUUUGUUUUUCUAUUAAUGUUACAGUAUAAGGUAAAAUGUAUAAUACGUGAUGAUUAAGUAAAAUGACUUACUAAAAUAAAAAAAAAACAGAUAUGACAAACAUUUGUAAAGGCUGUUUGCUACUUAUUUAUUGUAUUACUUUCUAUAUUGACAGUGACAGUAUCUUUGCUAUUACACUGAAACUAACUGAGAAAAAAAGGAUUGUAUCUCCUCAAAGAUUAAAUACAUAAUUGCUACGAUUAUCUUGCACUGUAAAUAAUAAGCGUAAUUUAUAAUGUACAAGUACGCAAUGAAUGUACAUUUGAAGAGAAGGUAUUUCUAUAUAGUGGGAUGUCAAAUAUAAUGUAAAAUGAUAGAGCGCA